AUGUCGAAGCCGCAGAGCGCCAACGGCAGCGAGUCGGAGUUCGAGUUUAUCGAAACUCCCAAGGCUCCCACACCGACCUUCGAGAAGUUUGAGGAGUGCGGAGUGCGCACCACUUCGUACCCGACCAUCAAGAAUGCUCCUCUGCCCGCUGACGGUGCGGGCACUGACAGCUUCUCCAACGCUCUGCUCUUCUCCAUCCUCGGCGGCGUGCCGCUUUACUUCUCAUGGAAGCUUGGUGGUGGUCUGAAGACGGCCAUCUUCCUGGCCCUCUUCACCACCCUUCCCCUGCUAGCCGCGUUCUGGAUUAUUGCCUCAACCAUGUCGCCCCGUAAGAAUGAGAAGGCCAAGUUUCCCGGCCGCCCCAUCGAGCACUACCUCACCUUCAAGAAGCCGGCCGACAAGGCCAAGUACUCCGGCAGGGCCAAGAUUCCCAUGGAAACGUUCCACGAGAUGUACUUUGACGGCGAUGUCGACUUCAAUGGCGACUGUCUGGAGGUGAUGGAGUACCGUCACGAUUGGGCCAGCUUCCGCUUCACCUACGGCUUGAUCAAGUUCUUCCUGACCGGCAUGAUCCCGGAGGUCAUCAUGCACACCCGGUCGCAGGAUGAGGAACAGGUGCGCGACCACUACGACCGUGGCGACGACUUCUACGGUUGGUUCCUCGGCCCGCGCAUGAUCUACACCUCCGGCGUCAUCAGCGACAUCAACCGCGAGGAGACCCUGGAGGAGCUCCAGGAUAACAAGCUCACCGUGGUUUGCGAAAAGAUCAAUCUCAAGGAGGGUGAGCGCAUGCUGGAUAUCGGCUGCGGCUGGGGCACCCUGGCCCGCUUUGCCAGCGUCAACUAUGGCGCCAAGGUCACCGGCAUCACUCUCGGCCGCAACCAGACUGCCUGGGGCAACAGCGCCCUGCGCAAAGCUGGCAUCCCCGAGGAACAGAGCAAGAUUCUGUGCAUGGACUACCGCGACAUCCCCACCCCUCAGGGCGGUUACAACAAGAUCACCUGCCUGGAGAUGGCGGAGCAUGUCGGAGUCCGCCAUUUCCACUCAUUCCUCAAGCAGGUCAAUGAGAUGCUGGAUGACGAUGGAACUUUCUUUCUCCAGAUUGCAGGUCUGCGCAAGAGCUGGCAGUAUGAGGAUCUGAUAUGGGGUCUCUUCAUGAACAAAUACAUCUUCCCUGGCGCUGAUGCCUCGACUCCUCUUGGCUGGUUCAUCGACAAGCUCGAGGGCGCCGGCUUUGAGGUCAAGAGCGUCGAUACCAUUGGCGUGCACUACUCGGCCACUCUCUGGAGAUGGUACCGCAACUGGAUGGCCAACCGCGAGAAGGUGGAGGCCAAGUAUGGCAAGAGAUGGUUCCGGAUCUGGGAGUACUUCCUUGCCUACUCGACCAUCAUCUCCCGCCAGGGCAGCGCCACCUGCUACCAGAUCGUGCUUCACAAGAACAUCAACUCGUUCCACCGUGUGGAGGGCAUUCCUACGCAGCACGGCCUCGGCGGCGCUGCCGCUGCUGCCAAGAUUGACUUGAAGGCGUGGGCCGAGGCCAAUGCAGCGGAGUUCCCCAGCGUUCCUGCGCAUUAG